AUGCAGGAAGAUUUGGAAAACGCGACGAUCGAUGGGGCGGGAGUUGGUGAAGCGACAAAGGAAGCCAAGGACCAACAUCAGGAGGAGGAGGAGGAGGAGGAGGAGCAGCCUGUCCAAAGAGAGGAGGAGGACUCCGAGAUGAGGAAGUCAAAGGAGCACGGGCCCAACGAGAGAACGGCCCUGAGGCCGAGGAUGAAGUUGGCCUCGUUCGACGACGCGCUGCCCUACGUCGGCGAUUUCGGCAGGUACCAGCUGUACUUGCUGAUAGCACUGUUGCCCUACAGCGUGGCCUACGCCUCGCUCUAUUUUUCCCAGUUUUUCCUGACCCUCGUGCCGAGGGAGCACUGGUGCAAGGUCGACGAGCUCUUGAAUGUCCUCACGCCCGAGCAGAGGAUAGCCGCAGCCAUACCAAAAAGUACCAACUACCCGUACUACCAAACCUGUCGACGCAAGGAUCUCAACUACCGUGAGAUCGUGGGAGGAGGCGUGCCGGGUCCAACCUCGAGGAUUUGGACGACCAAUCAGACGCUGGGCUGCGACAGUUGGGAGUACAACCUCACCCAGAUACCCUACGCCAGUAUAGGCGCCGAGCUAGACUGGGUAUGCGAGCGCACCUACCUCAUUUCGACGGCCCAGGCGAUAUUCUAUUGCGGCUCGAUAACCGGUGGCUUCCUCUUCAGUUGGAUCGCCGAUCACCGCGGCCGCGUCCCCGCUCUGGUACUCUGCGCCGGCUGCGGCCUUGUCGCCUCCAUCGCCACGGCCACCACCUCGGCUUUUUGGUCCUUUGCCCUCUGCCGGUUCUUCACCGGAUUGGCCUUCGACAAUGUCAUCAAUAUUCCCCUCAUCAUUGUGGUGGAGUACAUGGCAGUGAGGCGUCGCAGCCUCGUGGUGAACAUCGCUUUCGGGGUGUACUUCGCGAUCGGCAGUACCCUGUUGCCCUGGUUGGCCUACUACAUAGCCAAUUGGCGGCUCUUUUGCUUCAUAAGUGCCCUGCCGCUCGCCACCUGCUUCAUCACUCCCUGGAUUUUGCCCGAAAGCGCUAGAUGGUACGUAUCCAACAGAAUGUCGGACAAGGUCAUUGAGAAACUCAAGAGGAUAGCCAGCGUGAACAAAGCCAAACCCGAUCCCAAUUUUUACAGCGUUCUUUACAGAAACCUCAACUCGUCGGACAACAAGACGGAAUCGGCCACCCUGAUCGACCUGUUCAAAACGCCGAGACUCGCCAGAAAAACGAUCAUCCUCACGGCGUUCUGGGCUCUGGUGGUAACGGCGUUCGACGGCCACGUGUACUCCCUGAAGCUCCUGGACAGUUCGGUGUUUGUCUCGUUCUCCCUGGCCUGCGCGACCGAGUUGCCGGCCGGACUCCUGCUCGCCCUGAUAAUCGACCGGUGGGGCCGAAGGUUUUGCGGCUUCAUCACCAUGUCCUCGACCGCCUUGUUCAGCUUCGCCGAGAUACUCCUCGACUCGAGCGAAGCGAAACUGGCCAUGUCCAUAUCGUCCCGGUUCGCUCUGAACAUGGCAGCCAACGUGGGACUGCAGUACGCCGCUGAGUUGCUGCCCACCCCCGUGCGGGCUCAGGGAGUCGGGAUGAUUCACAUUGUCGGGAUCCUCGCGCACUCCAUAGCACCUUACAUCGUCGACACCUUAGCAAUACUAAGGCGCAUCGUCACAUAG